AGUUCUUUCUUUUUGGGCAAACAAUCUUUUUACUUUUUGAUUAAGUGUUUAUCCUAGCUACUACAGGAAAACGUGUGGUCGUCACUUUAUUCUCAGAUUUGCAUUAUACCUAGAUUGUUUCGUUCUCUGGAUGUCUUCUUCUUCGUCUCGCAAUUGGGCCAUUGACGUCUUCCCGAGCUUCAGAGGGGAAGAUAUCCGCAAACAAUUUCUCAGCCACUUUCGAGAUGAGAUGGAUCGUAAAUCGAUCACUGCUUUCGUAGACAACGAGAUCGACAAAGGUCAAUCGCUGAGCCCCGUGCUUAUACAGGCGAUAAAGGAUUCGAGGAUCGCGAUCGUCAUCUUCACUAAAAACUACGCCUCCUCUGCAUGGUGCCUAAACGAAUUGCUGGAGAUAGUGAAAUGCAAGCAAGAAUUGGGUCAAAUUGUGAUACCGGUUUUCUAUUGUGUGGAUCCUUCUGAAGUCAGGAAGCAGGAAGGAGACUUUGGAGAGAUAUUCAAAAAGACAUGCCAAGACUACAAGAAAACAAAGGAUGAAAUACAGUUAUGGCGGGAUGCGUUGACUAGUGUGGCAAAUCUCACCGGGUUUGAUUCUAAGAAUUGGGAAAGUGAUGCAAAACUGAUUAAAGAUAUCCUCAGUAAUAUUCUGAAGGAACUGAAUAUAACUCCAUCUAAGGAUUUUCAGAACUUUCCCGGGAUAGAAGAUCAUUAUGAAAAGAUGAUUGCAUUGUUGGAUUUGGAAUCUGAGGAAGUGAGGAUGGUUGGGAUAUGGGGUCCCUCAGGGAUUGGCAAGACUACCAUUGCAAGAGAUCUAUUUAGUCGUCUCAGUCGCCACUUCCAAAGUAGUGUUUUCAUAGAUAGGCGAAUUGUGUCUGAGAGUAAGGAAGGUUACAUAAAAUGCAACCCCAUAGACUAUAACAUGAAGUUGCACUUGCAAGAAAAAUUCCUAUCUAAAUUAUUAGAUGAAGAGGGAAUGAAGGUGAAUCACUUAGGUGCAGUGAAAGGGAAACUAAAGCACCGGAAGGUCCUUAUCAUUAUUGAUGACUUGGAUGAUCAAAUGGUGUUAGAUGCCUUGGCCGGUGGACAUGAAUGGUUUGGUCCUGGGAGCAGAAUCAUUGCGAUUACAAAAGAUAAGCAUAUUCUAAGUUCUCAUCGGAUUGAACAUAUCUACGAAGUCGAUUUCCCAUCUGAAAAAGUUGCUCUUCAGAUUUUUUGUCAAUCUGCUUUCAAUCAAAAUUCUCCCCCUGAUGGUUUCAUGGAGCUUGCUUCUGAAGUUGCAGAGCGUGCAGGUGGUCUUCCUUUGGGUCUUAACGUUCUAGGUGCAUCUAUGCGUGAUAGAAAGCAUAAGUAUUGGGUAGAUACUUUACCUACUCUUCGGAAAGGUCUAGAUAAGAGUAUUGAGAAAACGCUAAGGUUUACCUACGAAGAAUUAGAAAGGGAAGAUGAUAAAGCAUUAUUUCGUCACAUUGCAUGUCUUUUUAAUGGUGAUGAAGUCAAUUACAUUGAAUUGAUGCUUAGUGAGUUGAAUGCUAGUAAAAGUCUUGAACAUCUAGUUGAUAAGUCCCUCAUACGUAAAAUCCUAUCGGAUAAUAAUACGAAUAGCGUGGAGAUGCACUGUUUGGUUCAAGAAAUGGGGAAAGAAAUGGUCCGCGCACAAUCUAAGACACCCGGAGAACGGGAAUUCUUAAUGGAUUCAAAAGAUGUUUGCAAUGUUCUUAAAGAUGGCACUGGUACUCAAGAGGUUCUUGGUAUAUCACUGGAUCUAGAUGAUAUAGAUGAGGCGCAGAUACAUGAGAAGGCUUUUACAAGGAUGAGUAGUCUCCAUUUCCUUAAAUUCUAUAAAAAGUCAUUGGGGGGGAAGAAGGAAGUUAUAUGGGGAAAAUUACCCAAAACACUCUAUUUUCCGGAGGAACUCAAAUUACUAACUUGGCCGGGAUAUCCUAUGGCAUGCAUGCCUUCUAAUUUUUGUCCUAAAAAUCUGGUGGAACUCAGAAUGCCCAACAGCAAGCUUAAGAGUCUAUGGGAGGGAGUAAAGCCGCUGACAUUCCUCAAGGAUAUUGAUCUGUCAGAAUCUAAAAACCUGAAGAAAAUCCCAGAUCUUUCAACAGCUACUAAUCUUGAGACAUUGAAUCUUCGUGGUUGUUCAAGUUUGGUGAAGCUUCCUUCCUCUAUUGGGAAUCUCAGUAGUCUAAAGGAUUUGAACAUGGCUGGAUGCACAAAGCUGGAGUCUCUUCCAAAGGGCAUCAACCUUAAAUCCCUCAUUCGCUUCAAUCUCAGUGGAUGCUUUAAGUUGAGGAAUUACCAUGGUAUUUCAGAUAAAACUUCAGUCCUCCAUUUAAACAAAACAGCGAUCAAAACUUUCUCCUCUUUCGGUCUAGAGAAUGUCGUUGAACUUCACCUUGAGCAAAUAACUAGUAAGGGGUUGUGGAAAGGAGUUCAGCCUCUUCCAAGCCUCAAGAAAAUAGUGUUGACGGGAUCUGUAAACCUAAAAGAAAUCCCGGAUCUUUCAAAGGCAACAAGACUGGAGACACUUAAACUCAAUGGUUGCUCGAGUUUGGCGGAGCUAACACUUUCGUCCAUUCAGAAUCUAAAUAAUUUGACGAGCUUGGAAAUGGUAGGAUGCUCAAGUCUAAAGACACUUCCAACCGGUAUCAACUUGGAGUCUUUGUAUUCCCUCGAUCUCAACGGAUGCUCGCAGUUGACGAUUUUCCCAGAGAUCUCAACCAACAUCUCGACUCUUAACCUAAACCAAACGGCCAUCAAAGAAAUUCCUACAAGUAUCAAAAACUUGUUAAACCUAGAAUACAUGGAAAUGCGCAGGUGCAAAAAUCUAAAGAUUCUUCCGACCGGCAUCGACUUAAUCUCUCUCUAUCACCUCGAUCUCAAUGGAUGCUCACGGCUGAGUAGUUUUCCAGAUUUCUCAAGAAACAUCGCUAUUCUCUAUCUAAACCAGACAGGGAUUAGAGAAGUUCCUCCAUGGAUCAUUGACUUCUCAAACCUUGAAACCUUAGAGAUGUGGGAGUGCAGAGAGCUUUACCACAUUUCACCAGAAAUUUUCAAACUUCCCAACCUUCUCGAGGUUUUCUUCUCAGAGUGCAAGAAGUUGACUGAAGUUAGAUGGCCUGAGAACACAGAAGACAACAAUAACACUUUCACUAACUUGUCAUUGGUCAGUUUCAUCGAUUGUUUCAGUUCAAAUCAAGAAGCCUUCAUUCAACAAUCAGCUUCCGAGUAUAUGAUCUUUCCAGGUGAGGUGCCUCCAUAUUUUACUCACCAAUCAACUGGUAGCUCCCUUAACAUCCCCCUGCAUCAUUUUUCUCUCUUUAAAAGAACCUUCUUGGACUUCAAAGCUUGCGCCGUGGUUGAUUCUGAUCUCGUCGUUGAUCCGACGGUCAAGGAUAAGCUUUGCUUUAUAGACAUUGAGGUAGAGUGUAAGUUUAGAGACAAGCACGGGAACUACUUUGGACCCGCUAAACCAAAAUGUGUGUCCUUGCAUCUGAAAUAUAAUCAUCAGAUUAUAUUUGAUUGUCGUUUCCCUCUAGACCAAGCGUGCGAUCAAGUUAUGAUAACAUUUAAGCUCCCUAGUAGCAGACUUAAACUAAAAGAAAAACUAAAAGGCUGCGGUGUGCGACUCUUAGACUGUCCUCCAGUUUUGCCUAGUCAGACUGAAGCUGAUGAAAGCAUAGCUGAUAAUGAUGGAAGUUCUGAGAAUUACCUUGUUGAACAUAAGUGUAAAGACAAUAGCGAUGAUGAAGGCUAUGUGAUGCGCGGAUCUUCACCGGUCUUUUCUCCGCAAGCCUAGUUGUG